UUGUUGGCCUUUUACAAGUUAAGACUGGACUUUGGUUUUACUUUUAUUUUCUGUAAAACAAGGUGUAGCUGGCACAGUUGCAGACUCUUAUACAACAAAGAAGACGUACUGACUCUUCUGUACAGUUUGGAGUUGUUUCUUAACAGGAAAAGGACUACUGGAUCAGGACUUGAGGACUUUUCUUGGACUUUCUUGUCCGUGUGUAUUCUUCUCACUGUUUUGGAGAUAAGUGAACUUUUAAUGGGGGAAAAUCUCCCAAGGGUGCCAAGAGGAUCCCAGCUCCACAGUGACACUCUGAGUAGACCAGUUCGGACCCUCAGGGUUAAGAUGGUUCUUCUGGGAAGCUCCGGUGUGGGGAAGUCCAGUCUGGCAAUGCGAUUUGGGAAAGAUGAGUUCAGGAAUACAUCGCCUACUGUAGGCUGUGCCUACCUGACCCGGGUGGUGCAUUUGAGUAACGUCACUCUCCGCUUUGAGAUUUGGGACACGGCAGGGCAGGAAAAAUACCACAGUGUCACCCCACUUUACUACAGAGGAGCCCACGCUGCACUCCUGGUCUAUGAUAUCAGCCAAAGGGAAACAUUUAUCAGAGCUCAAGUGUGGCUCAAAGAGCUUGAGAACCAGUACACCCCAGGAUCUACUGUCAUAUGGCUGGUAGGCAACAAGGGAGAUCUGGUAGAGGAUCGUCAGGUCUCAGUGCAGGAAGGACAGAGUCUGGCCAAUGACAGGGGCUUAUCCUUUAUGGAAACAUCAGCACUGUCAGGGGAACAGAUCAGCGAGCUGCUCCUAGCUGUUGCCCACAGAGUGUAUGAAUGUAUGGGAGAGCAGCAGGGAGGUCUGUCAGACUGGCAGGAGACACCACUUGUGGAUCUGCAUCAUAAAGACACAUUCAGUCCUUUUGCAUCCUGCUGCAAAGUUGGACCCUAACAUCUGUGACUGUCAAUGGUAUCGCUGCCUGUCUCUGUUUUUUUUUGUAUGUCUUCAUCAUUUUAAAGCUGCACACGGAAUAAAAGCCUUCUGAAUCUGUG